AAGCUCGCUCAGCACCGAGCCCGGGGCACAGCGCGGCUCCCUCCGCUCCCCGCACACCGACCCUGCCCUCGGCGGAUGCUGCAGCCCCACCCCAGCCCCGGGGGCUGCUCCGGGGACAACCCAAACACAGCCUCAGUCGCCAGCCCACCCACGUGUUAGCCGGGGCUAACUGGUGGCUAAAUCCAGCUUAAAGGACAUAAAAUACUCCGCAGUUUUAAGGCUGUUGAGGGGAACACACGCCCCAGGUGCUGCAGGAGCCGGGGAAUAGAGGAGGAGACCCUCUCCGAGCAGGACCGGGACCAGCCCGAGGCAGAGCCAGGAGCCGGACAUGCCAGAGCCAGCCCCGCUCGGCGGGGACAGGAAAGCGGCCGAGAAGAAGCGGGUGGAGAAGGUGGGAGCCAAGGGCAGCGCUGCCGGGCCGCCAGUCCCCAGGAGCCUCCCUGUGCAGAGCAAGGCGGAGCCGCCCAGCCUGGACCCCGCGGAGGAGCCGCUGCUCUGGGAAGGGCUCACCCUCAACAAGUGCAUCCUGGUGGCCUCCGUGGUGGCCCUGCUCAGCGUCACCUUCCAGGUGCUCCAAGCGCCAUGCUCCAAGGAGGGACUCGCCCGCGGCCGCCAGGAGCCUCCGCCCCCUCCCGUUCCCGAGGCCGUGAGCCCCCAGGUGGAGAUCCCGGAGGCGGUGACUGCCCAGCCUGCGCCGCCACCGGAGAGCAGCGCGGUGGAGGAUGAUGAUGAUGAUGAAGACGGUGACGAUGAGGAUGACAGCGAAGCUGACAGCAACCUGGGAGAACCCUGGAUCUUCAAGAAAUGGUUUGGCCGUGCAACACCAGAGGAUGAGGACAAGGAUGGGGACAAGGUUGAAGACAAGGAUGAGGACGAGGAUGAGGAUGAGGACAAGGAGGAAGAACCUGCAGAUGUCCCUGAGGUGCCAAAGGCUGUGACAGAGGGGAAGAGCCAGGAGAAGAAGGUGGAGAAGGAGGAGGAGGAGGAAGAAAAGAAGGAGAAAGAGGAAGAAAAAGAGGAGAAGGAGGAGGAGGAGGAGGAGGAGGAGGAGGAGGAGGAGGAGGAGAAGAAGAAGGAGGAGAAGAAGGAGAAAGCUAGGGAAGGCCGUGCUGUCCAUAUGGAGCGGAGCAGCCGGAGGGAGGCACGAGCCAAGGACAGGACAGCGGGGGACAGAGCUGGCCGAGCCCCCCGGGCCCCCAGGGAACCGGAGCAGCAGCCCCAGAAAAAGCGGGACCGGGAGAGGAAGGAGAGGAAGGAGAGACGGCGGGAGCGGGAUGAGUCCAGGAGGGAGGGGUGGAGGGGCCGUCCCGGCAGGGCUGACGGCGGCCGGGAGAGCCCGAGGCGGGACUGGAAGCAGCAGAAGGGCAGGAAGCCCUGGGAGCCGGCAGCGGGCAGGGACGGCAGGGCCAGGGAGGGCAAGAGGCGCGACUGAGGCCGGGGUGGGCGCGGGGCUGGAUGGCGCUGGAUCCAGGGGGCUCCAAUCCCACCCCUGCCUGCCCUCCAGAGACACCCCCGGACACAGGCAGCACACCAAGGACCCCCGAGCAGCAGCAGAGCAGCCCAGGAGCCUGGCACGAGCCUCCCCAGGGACUUAGGGUCCCUCUGGAUCAAAGGCAACCUAAAAGGACUCAUGGAAGGAGCUUCUUUGGGCCUCCUGCCUUCUCCAUCCCCACCCAAAACCCCUCUGCAGUUCCCCUCCUCGUGGUUCCGGGGAUCCCAGUGAACAGAGUUGUGUCCAGACUGUGCAGCUCUUGGGUUAAUGGUUUUAUUGAAAGCAAAUCAAGAGAGAAGAAUAAUCUGGGUUACAGAGCCAGGCUGCAGCCAUCCUCAGAGGGACAUCAGGGACAUCAGGGACAGACCCCAGCCGACCUCAGCCAGCCCAGUGCCAUCGCUGGGGGUGGCCCAGAAGGUGCUGGUGACAGAGCAGGGCUGGAGCCCUUCACCCAGGGAUCCCUGCGGGCCUCGCCUUCUCCGAGUCACUUGAGGAAGGAAACACAAGAGCAAUAUCACACAGCCAGAGAUGUUCACAGCCCCCACCUAUGGCAGGUUUCAGUAUUUGCUAAAUCAACAGUGGUUAAAAUAAACUAUUUUCAUUUUUAAUAA